AAACCCCGUAUGUCAAGCGAAAAGCUGUCAAAGUAAUCGUAAUGAACAUACCUGUAGUCGAUUUAUACACCUUGAUUAUUCCCAUCAACUACUAACCGUGCCACCGAAGGUGUUUCCGUGCGCUGGAAAGUUCGACAACGAAGGCUGGUUAACGCGAUUCGCGUUUUUACGGCACAUUCUUACCUCACCAUCUGCCAUCCCAUUUCGAAGUAUCUAGUGUUGGUGUGAAGGGUACAGCAAACGAAAUCCUGUGCUAGUGUGAGCAAGAGCGAAAGUUAACAGUAACGAGAGUGAGUCAGGGGCAGCACGUUUUGUUCAAUUCCCAGCAGUUUUGCUUUUCCCCACGAAAAUGGCGUCGAUAGACUCCCAGUCGAAGAAUCGCAUGCAAGGAUUCAAAAACAAAGGAAAGGAUCAGGAUGAAAUGCGACGUCGACGAACGGAGGUAACGGUGGAGCUGCGCAAAAACAAACGGGAAGAGACCAUCCUCAAGCGACGCAACGUUCCUCAGACUGCAGAAUCGACGGACGAGGAGGAUUACACACUACAGUCGAAUCUGAAGAAACUGGUCGAGAAGGCUGGCAACAGCAACGACAAAGAGGGCCAGCUGGCCGCUGUUCAAGCUGCCCGUCGGCUACUGUCAUCGGAUCGCAAUCCUCCAAUUAACAAUCUCAUUGAAAGCGGCAUUCUUCCGAUUUUAGUCAAUUGUCUUGAGCAGGAUGAUAACCAGGUGUUGCAGUUUGAGGCGGCCUGGGCCCUCACAAACAUCGCUUCUGGUACGGCAGCACAGACGAACCAAGUCGUCCGAGCUGGAGCCGUUCCACUCUUCCUGCAUUUGCUCAACUCGCCGGCACCGAACGUGUGCGAGCAGGCAGUUUGGGCGCUCGGUAACAUCAUUGGUGAUGGACCGAGCCUGCGGGACUACGUGAUUAAGCUUGGUGUAGUUCAGCCGCUGCUGUCCUUCAUUCAGCCGGAAAUUCCGAUUCCCUUCCUGCGCAAUGUCACCUGGGUUAUUGUAAAUUUGUGUCGCAACAAGGAUCCGCCGCCGCCGGCCGCCACAAUUCUCGAGAUUUUGCCAGCGCUGAACAUGCUGAUCCAUCAUACGGAUAUUAACAUCCUGGUCGACACGGUGUGGGCAUUGAGCUAUCUGACGGAUGGUGGCAAUGAGCAGAUCCAGCUCGUCAUCGACAGUGGCGUGGUGCCGAAGCUGAUUCCGCUGCUGUCGCACGUAGAGGUAAAGGUACAGACAGCUGCACUACGUGCGGUCGGUAACAUCGUCACUGGCUCGGAUGAUCAGACACAGGUCGUGUUGAAUUGUGACGCCCUUUCGCACUUCCCCAAAUUGUUGACGCAUAGUAAGGACAAGAUUCGCAAGGAAGCCGUAUGGUUCCUGUCCAACAUUACGGCAGGAAAUCAGUCGCAGGUGCAGGCAGUUAUCGAUGCAGGUCUGCUACCGAAGGUCAUCGAGAAUUUGAAGCACGGCGACUUCCAUACGCAGAAGGAGGCGGCUUGGGCGAUCAGCAAUCUAACGAUCAGUGGCAAUCGUGAACAGGUCGCACAGUUGAUAAACGAUGGUGCAGUUCCACCGUUCUGCGAUUUGCUUAUGUGCCAGGACUGUCAAGUUAUCAAUGUUGUACUGGAUGGCAUUAACAACAUGCUUAAAUUGGCCGGACCCCACGCAGAACACGUCGCCAAUCUGAUCGAGGAAUGUGACGGUGUGUCGAAAAUUGAAGUUUUGCAAAAUCAUGAGAAUGUGGAAAUUUAUAAGCUCGCGUACGACAUCAUCGAGCAGUUCUUUUCGGACGAUGUUGACGAAGCCGUCUUAGAAGACCUAAGACCUGCAGCUGACGAGAACGCGUUCCAAUUUAACCAGAAUCCGAACAUUCCCCGCGAUGGAUUCAACUUCUAAAUGACACAAGGGAAGCGGAGCGAAUGGGAUUCUACAAUCGCACAUCAGAAACAUGAUACACAAGACACCGGAACAUUAGCGAACGUCAGGAACUAUCAGUGAUGUAUUUCGCCCAUCUAAUACGACACAGCAGACUACGAUACGAACACAUCCUUUAGGGCAUAGCUUUUGGCACGACUGCAUCGAUAGAGGAGCAUUUAUCCGGAAAAUUUUAAACCUGCUAAGCUAUCACCCUACGUAGGUUAUAGUAAAUAACAGCAGAAGGAAAAAAACGUGACAAAUGAUUGAGGAUCGUCCGUUUCGUUUGAAUACUUAUUUUUGAAUUAUCUUUAUCAGUCACGUUUGAUGAAGAGCAGUGGAGAAUAUAUUUGUAUCUGAACUGCUUGCUCUACUUGCUUAAUUUAGUACUAUAGCGGAAGAUGCCCAAUUGUCAUUGGUCCAUCUUCCAUUUGCGUACGAUACGAAAAGUGAACCACACUCGGGUGCGGGUGUUCUAGGUAAUGUAGUUUGAGAAUUAAACCCGUGAAGGGUUAUUAAAAUUCAGGACAAAGACCCAAAAUUUUGUUGACGUAUUAGUUAAUUUUCCACUUUGAAGUGAAUCGAUCAUUCAUCAUUCAGUGUAGGUUAGUAGCUGCUAACCUUCGCUUGCAUUACUGGUCGCAGACAACCAGUAUAUAGCGUUGUAUAUGGAACUUUUUUUUGGACUAUUUUCAUGCUAAAUAUUCAUUGUUAAAUGCAAGAGAACAUCUGCUAUAUGUAACUAAUUAAUGUGAACUUCAUUGCAGAUAUGCACCUUUAUAGUGGUGAUUGGGCUAUCUGAAAACCCACGGACUACUACACAUAAAUAUCGAUAUUUAUUGGAAUUUCAGGACUGAUGACUUAUCAUUAACUAUAUUCCCACGGACGACCUGUAACCGAUCCAUAGCCUGACAUUAACGACCAGAACAUAUGCAAGAAAUCCCUUAGCUAAAAAUGGGUGACCGGCGUGCAAAGUAGGAGCGUAUCACAAAACAGAAGCAAUGUCAUUGUAUCUUUCUUAUAUAUUUACUAAGAAUCGUUAGGUUGAAGGAGAAUGGAACGGAGCAACCCGUCAGCAACCACUGUUAACCGAAGGGAAACCUUGUGUACGCGAAUGAGAGUGCAGCCUAGAGGCGCAUUCAUAGACCAAGAUAUCGAGAAAACGCAGUUACAAACAGAUAUCAGUUUGGUUAGUGGAAUUCUGAACACUACUACCUGUUCGUUUUCAUUUGAUAAAAUAAGGCUUUCCGAAGAUGGUACAUAUGUGCAUCAGAUCUUCUUCAUCAGGAAGAAGCACACGCUGCAUCAGGCUGUUCAGUUCAACCAUAGAAAGGAAGUUAGAUGAAAGAAUUAUUUGAGCAAUCCUGGAGAUAAAGGUACAAGUACACAAGGAAGGCAGGACUACAACACAACACGCAUAUAUUACACGAUGCACACCAAACGAUACAUAACCUGUGUGCUGUCUUGGGGAAUUCUUUUACGAGAGUGCUAACAAAUAGCCACGAUAACAAUAAUUGUGAUUCUAUGCGGAAGCAAGCCUCGCAAAAUAGGCUACCUUACCGCUGUAAAUAGAUCCCCUGACGCAGGAAACAAAGAAAAGAACCCCGCUUAAUAUCUCCUCUUCGCGCUUUCGACCGAAGCAAGUUCGUACGGAAAAAGGCGCGAGUUGGGUGGUUGAAUUUUAAUAUGAAAUCUUUUUUUUUCUUUCACUUCUUUAUAUGUGUUAUACGUUACAGGGGAGUGUACUCAAAAUGUCCUAGGACACACGGUAUUGCCAUCUGUUGCAUGGGCUAAUAUCGACACAGAAACUGCUACACAAUUGCGUUGCAGUUGCGUCAGUUAGAUGUAAAAACAAACAGGGCAAAUAUAUUGAAUGCUGGCAUUUUUAUAAAACAAAAAUGUGUUCCCAUUCAUGGGUCAAACAUGAUCAUCGCGCGGUCAUGGUCGCACGAUCGGGAUUAUCAAAACGAUUUAUCGCUUGAGGCGAGGGCUGUGUGAGGAACAAAAGCUAAUUAAUUAAGCGGAAUGUAAAGAAGAGUGAGAGAAAUAGGAAUUUUUAGAAAAUCACUUCAGGAAGCGAAAAGAAGAAAAUAACCGAACUAGAGACAUCGAUGCCAUCAAUAAUUGAGGCUUACACGAUGUUUUGUGAUCAAUAACACUUUCUAUUGGUAGAAGUGUUGCUGUUAAGAGGGAGGCCGUAGGGUGUACUCAAAUGAUGGAAUGGUGCGCAGUACAGAGGCAAAACAAUUUAGCAGAGAUGAGUGAAAGGUUGCUCAUCGUAAACUAUGAGCACUAUACCUGAUGAACAGAAGCGGAAACAGGGGAUUGCGUUGUGGUUGGUUGCCUUGGCGCUCGCAUUAGUAAGCAUACUGAUAUUUUUGUAAAAUAGUAUCCUUUUUUUAAUUGAUGAUUCUACGGCACUGCAAUGUUGCAAAUAGUAGAGCAUCUCGGAAUAUUAAUGCAAGUAUAAAGUAAUUUAUUUUCUACGACUUACUAGAAAAAUAAAACGGAACGUAACUAGAGCUUUUGCGAGGGAAGAUUGCAUACACUUACAUAGAUAAAUGUGCACGUCCCUCUGGCCCCAACCGGCGAGUGGCAGGCGUACCAGGAUUGAGAGAACAAUAUAGAUAAUGUUGUAACAUAUGUCGCCAACGAACCAGCGAUUCACAAAGUCUGAUUUGAUAUGAACUCUACUGUAAAUGGGCGCGUAGAAGCACACCCGUUUUGCGGUAUGUUUAUACGUUUUCCCCACUCUCCAUCUAGUUCGUUCUCUCUCCACCCGAGGAAUCCUUCACAGUUGUUGUAAGGGAUAUCAUCCAACGGCGGUAUCGAAAGGGAGAUGCACGUUUGAUUGCCGAAAGUAUCGGUGAACGCGGGUGCACCGUGUGCAGAGCGCCGCAUUGUGUUAAGCUUUAAUGAAAUGGAAUAGUUGAUCAGCCUACGGCCAGGGCAUAAAAGAAGACGCCAGUGAUGAAAACGGCGUGCUCGUCGAAUGCGUGCGUUCGUGCGUGUGUCAGCACGGAUCUGGCGUUUGUGUUUUUGUCAGUCCGCCACAAACACGCCGAAUGCAGCGUGUUCGGGCCGCCCUAACAUAAGUGUACAUGUUUUACAAAAUAUUUGCCUCUUGCCAAAAGUGUUUAGUUGGGCCCGAAUAGGGCUUGAUGUGGAGGCGCACUACGUUGUUUUCCCCCUCCUUCCCUUAAGCGAACCAUUGUCCCUGCCUGGAAUGGGAAAUGGGAUGAAUGGUUGAUGGCUACAAAAAAAGAAGAAAAUAUGGUGCAUCGGAACCAAUAGGGAAGUCACUUUCUUUCCUAUUGCUCGCCGUGCAGGGAUUCAAAUCUGUAUAAAUUCUUUAUAUAUAUACACACAUAAGAGUCACACAAAAAACACACAAGAGAGAGAGAGAGAGAGAGCAAACGUACCAUUUAUUCCAGGAGAAGAUGUAAAGAAAUGUCGGAAAUCGAAAAUGUGAAUCUACGGCCAGAGCAAAACUGCUGUGUUUCUCACUCACAAAUCCAGAUGUAAUAGUUGUAACAGUUGAAAGCAGGACUAUUUUUUAUCUCUAUCAACGAACCAGAAGGAACUCGAACCUGAACUUCACAGGACGUUAACAUCCUACAAACAUUUACACAACAUCAACAACAAAAAACUGCAUAGUGAACAGUGUAAGCUAUCAAUUUGUUUCAUUUGUGUCCUUCUGGGGUAAGAAAAGAAUAACAAAAUUGACUUGAUACAAAUUA